AUGCAUUAUAAAGAAAUUGCUGAAUUUCUGUUAUCACAUGGAGCAAGCAUCAAUAUGCAAGAUAAGAAUGGGGAAAUUGCUCUUCAUCAUGCCAUAAUGCAUGAUUGUAAAGAAUUAUCGAAAUUUAUUGAUGAUAAAAUUGAAUACUUAGCAAUAAAUUUAUUAGCAAUGAAAUUAUGGAAUAAACUUAGAAAUCCAAUGGAUUUCAAUGAUUUGAUUGAACUUCUACUGUCGAAUGGCGCAGAUGUCAAUGCAAAAUUUAAGGAAUCCCAUUCACCUCUUCAUGUUGCAUCGGUUAAAUAUAAUAUCAAACUCGUUGAAAUAUUAAUUUCUCAUGGUGCCGAUGUAAAUGCUUUAAAUGAAAUUGAUAAGACUCCUCUUGAUAACGUUAUAAAGCGUGAAAGUUUAGAAGAUGAUACUGAUAUUUUGGAAAAGUUAAAAAAAGUAAGGCGUAUCUUAAUAUCGCAUGGUGGAAAACUGCGUUAA